UCUAUCACUUUCCACUCUCCAGGAAGAACUUGAAACCUGUCUUCAAAUCAAAUAGGAGAAAUGUUUGGUUCAAAGAAGUCUCCUUUAAAGGUUGUUAAAUCUGGGUCAAACCCAUUUGAUUCUGAUGAUGAGGAUCUUGUAAAGGAUAACAAGAAUAGUUCUACGAAGAAGGCCUCUUCAGAGCGUGCACUUGUUUCUUUAGAAAACACCAAUCCUUUUGAUGAUGAUGUUGUUGCUAACAAGAACUCUUCAUCAUCUUCGUAUGCUCUACGAUUGGCUGACCGGAAUAGGUAUAAGAAUGAUUUCCGUGACUCUGGUGGGUUAGAGAAUCAAUCAGUGCAAGAACUGGAGAGCUAUGCUGUUUACAAGGCUGAGGAGACUACAAAAUCGGUCAACAAUUGUUUGAAGAUAGCAGAGAACAUAAGAGAGGAUGCUACCAAGACUCUGGUCACCCUUCAUCAACAAGGCGAACAAAUCACCAGAAGUCAUUAUGUUGCUGCUGACAUUGAUCAAGAUUUAAGCAGGGGAGAGAAGCUUUUGGGAAGUCUUGGUGGUCUCUUCUCGAAGACUUGGAAACCAAAAAAGACACGCGCAAUUAGAGGACCUGUUCUUUUUCCAGAUGAUCCAGUAAGAAGAAAUGGUAAUCACUUGGAGCAGAGAGAGAAGUUAGGAUUGACUUCUGCACCCAAAAGGCAGUCCAAUCUGCGGGCACCGCCUCCCGAACCGACAAACACGAUUGAAAAAGUUGAGGUUGAGAACAAGAAGCAAGAUGAUGCGCUUUCAGAUUUAAGUGACAUAUUGGGAGAGCUCAAAGGCAUGGCUAUUGACAUGGGGUCUGAAAUUGAGAGGCAUAACAAGGCUCUGAAUCAUAUGUAUGAUGAUGUGGAUGAGUUGAAUUUCCGAAUGAAAGGUGCUAACCAACGUGGCCGCCGUUUACUUGGCAAAUAGUGCUGAUGAAUUUCAAGGCAAUAUUUCUUAGUGUGAUUUGUAUUCAGAUUAUACAGUAUCAUUAAAUUUUAGACACUCUUUUGGCUCCUCAUAGGCCAUGAUUUAGUUUUACAUUUUUAUUGCACAUAAUGUAGAUUUCCCUUGUGCUAUGAUAGUGCAUUUCAUUUUUCAUUUUUCAUUU